UUGUAAUCGUAUGACGUUUGUGGCACGAUUGUUUACAAAUUUUGCUUAAAAUCAGUUAAAAUAACUCCUUUAGUUGUAAUUUAAACUAUCAACCAUGGGUAAGGGUUUCAAUAAUUACAUGUGUAAAAAGUUCUUCCAUCCAGCGUCUCGGGACAAUCUCAAACGAGUAUGGAUGGCAGAACAAAAGACCGAGGCAUACAAAAAAAAGCAGGAAGAACUUCGCCAGCAAUACGAAAAAGAACAGGACUUGCACGAUAACAAGGCAAUGCUUAGCAAAGAAAGCAAAGACAAACUAAGCAUUAAUUUUAUGUACGAACCGCCCCCGGGCGCCAAAAAGGAACGCGAACGUGAAGAUGACGAGCCCGAAUACAAAUUUGAGUGGCAGAGAAAGUACAAUGCCCCCCGUGAGAGUUAUUGUAAGGGUGACCAGGAAAUUCGCGAUCAACCAUUUGGUAUUCAAGUCAGGAAUGUGAGGUGCAUAAAGUGCCACAAAUGGGGGCACAUAAAUACUGAUAAAGAGUGCCCUAUGUAUAGUCUGUCGAUGAGUGCCGCCAGGUCUUUGGAAAACGCUACUGUCCUGGAUCAAAACUCGCUUGUAGCCCAAAUGUUGGAAGAUGGUUUGGCCAUUAAGAAACAGCAUUUAAGCACAAGUGAGGUUAACAAGCAUUUGCUUAUCAAUGAUGAUGAAAAUGAGAAUUCUGAAGCAUCAUUUUUGAAGUCUUUAAACAAGAAACAGAAGAAGGCACUUUUAAAGAAGUUGGAAAAAAUUGAGAAAGAAAUGAAGAAUGAGAACCCCAAGAAAAAAUAUAACACUGACAGUGACGAUUCAGAUAAUGAAGAGAAGAAAAUAAUAAGGAAAAAUAAGGAAAGAAAACAUAAUGGUUUUGAUUCAAAUGAAGACUCAAGAAAAAAGAACAAAAAGCAGUACAAUGAUGAUAAAAACAGAAGAAACAGGGAUGAGGAUCAUAAAAGGGGUCACAGAAAUGGUUACAGAGAAGAAAGAUACAGAAAUGAAGAUAGAGAUAGAAGUUAUAGGCAUGAAAGAGAGGAAAGAUCAAGGAGUGAAGAAGGAAGGCAAAGAAAAAGAAAAUCCAGCAGUGAUGAAGACAAAUAUUCCAAAAAACGUCGUUAAAUAACUUAUUAAUAAUAAGUUUAUCAUUUAAUUUGUUAUAUACCUAAUUAAGAAUAUAAUAUCAAUAUAAUAAAAAAGUAUUUAUAAAAAUAAUGGAAAA